AUGAACACCAAUACCAGCGCUACUGGUGCGGCUGCUGUGACCCGAACCAGCAGCCAGAGUCCAGUGAAGAAAGCUGCGAAGAAAACACAGGUUACCACGGACGACGAGUUGCUGCAUCCUUCCUCAAAUGGAGGAUGGAAAAUCAGUGGGGUCCUGUUUAGCCAAUAUUUGCGUCGUCGUACCCAGGUACUUGUGGGCGUUGAUAUUGCAUCCGAGCAAACGUUCUAUGCUCUGGACAGGAGUGGAAGGAAAAUUAUCAACGAAAAGGAAAUGUUGGAUUUUGCAAAGGCAGUCAAGGCGGCCUGUGGAAAGGAGAGCGAGUUCGAUUUUUUGUGCCAUGCUGAAACCAUAGCUUUCGACUGGCAGAGUAGGAGAGUUGGGAUCCAUGAGAAAUGGGUGCCUGAAGGUUGGAGGUGCUGCUGUGUCAAAGAGGCGUGCAAUAAUGGGAGCGACUUUUGCCAUCAUGUCAAAUGGGUGGCCCGGACCUUUCAUCGACAACAAGCGGGAAGAAGAGGCGAAGAAGCAAAGUAUCUAGAAGCAAAGUAUCUAGAAGCAAAGUAUGGAGGAAAGUAUGGAGGAGGCAAAGUAUGGAGGAAAGUAUGGAGGAGGCUCCGUUUGUUUUGUUAG